CUCCUCUUCCACAGGAUGGUUCAGAAGAACAUCACAAUGUCCCACAGAAUGAUCAGUUUGUGAAUCCGGGUGAAGAUCUGAACAAUAUUAAUCCUACAAAGACAUAUGUGAGGGGUUAUGAGCAAAGUAUAGAGGACUUUCCUACAGAUAAACGCCCAGCUGACUGCACCAGGAGCUCAGAAGGACAGGCGAUAUCUUCACAACAUACUAUGCCUCAAGAUGUAUAUGAACAACUCGUCAUUAUCCCAGAUAUAUCCUCAGACUUUCACAGCAAAGAUCCAUCAUCUGAUUCUUUUCAGUGGAUCCAAUCUUCUGAUUUAUCACAGACUGUUAAGCAAAACAAAGAACACAGAAGGGGUGAACAUCAAAGAUGGCAGAAGCAAUUUUCAUGUUCAGAAUGUGGAAAAAGUUUUAUCCAGAAAUCAGACCUUUUUAAACAUCUGAGAAGUCACGAAGGGCAAAAGCCAUUUUCAUGCUCACACUGUGAGAAAUGUUAUAGCAAUAAAUCAGAUCUUUUUAGACAUCAGAGAAUUCACACAGGGGGGAAGACAUUUUCAUGUUCAGAAUGUGGGAAAUGUUUUCACCGUAAAUCAAAUUUUGUUAGACAUCAGAGAAUUCACACAGGGGAGAAACCAUUUUCAUAUUCAGAAUGCGGGAAAUAUUUUAUCCAGAAGCAAGACCUUGUUAUGCAUCAGAGAACUCACAUGGGGGAGAAGAAGUGUUCAUGCUCAGAAUGCGGGAAAUGUUUUAAAGCUAAAUCAGAUCUUGUUAGACAUCAGAGAAUUCACACAGGGGAGAAGCCAUUUUCAUGUUCAGAAUGUGGGAAAUAUUUUACCCAGAAGCAUGAACUUGUUAUACAUCAGAGAAAUCACAUAGGGGAGAAGCCAUUUUCAUGCUCAGUAUGUGGGAAAAGUUUUAAUCGGAAAUCAAAUUUGGUUAUGCAUCAGAGAAUUCACACGGGGGAGAAACCAUUUUCAUGUUCAGAAUGCGAGAAAUGUUUUAAUGCUAAAUCAGAUCUUGUUAUACAUCAUAGAACUCACACAGGCGAGAAGCCAUUUUCAUGCUCAGAAUGCGAGAAAUGUUUUAUUGCUAAAUCAGUUCUUGUUAGACAUCAGAGAAUUCACACAGGGAAGAAGCCAUUUUCAUGUUCAGAAUGCGGGAAAUAUUUUAUCCAGAAGCAAGACCUUGUUAUGCAUCAGAGAACUCACACAGGGGAGAAGCCAUUUUCAUGCUCAGAAUGCGAGAAAUGUUUUAAUGCUAAAUCAGAUCUUGUUAGACAUCAGAGAAUUCACACAGGAGAGAAGCCAUUUUCAUGUUCAGAAUGUGAGAAAUAUUUUUCCCAGAAGCAUGAACUUGUUAUACAUCAGAGAACUCACACAGGGGAGAAGCUAUUUUCAUGCUUAGUAUGCGGUAAAUGUUUUAAUCGGAAAUCAAAUUUUGUUAUACAUCAGAGAAUUCACACAGGGGAGAAACCAUUUUCAUGUUCUGAAUGCGAGAAAUGCUUUAAUGCUAAAUCAGAUCUUGUUAGACAUCAGAGAAAUCACACAGGGAAGAAGCCAUUUUCAUGUUGAGAAUGCAGUUAAUAUUUUACCCAGAAGCAAGAAUUUGUUAUACAUCAGAAAACUCACACAAGGGAGAAGAAAUUUUCAUGCUCAGAAUGUGAGAAAUGUUUUAAUGCUAAAUCAGUUCUUGUUAGACAUCAAAAAACUUAUACAGGGGAAAAGCCAAAGCUCUCAAGUUGCAGUCCAAGCAAGGGGAAUUAAUUUAAAGCACUAAAUGAUUAUUGAGAAAUGUAUGU